UAGCCUAAAACAACUAGGGCAUGUAGCUGACCUAAAAUGUUGGUUUCGUCAGGCUUUUAUUGUGAAGGCAAACAGGAAGAGGAUUGUUUGAUGUCCGUGGCGCUGACGGAUGUUGUUUAACGGUUGGCCGGGCCAUAGUUAGUGGCUAAAGAGUGUCUUCCUUACAACUUCUUUUUUACAAAUCUUCACUUUUACAAGCAAUAAAACUGAUGACAUGGCUUCCACGGUGCCCAUUAAGAUUGGUAUAAUUGGUGGUUCAGGCCUUGAUGAUCCAGAUAUCUUGGAGGGAAGGACUGAGCGUUAUGUUGACACACCCUAUGGAAAGCCAUCCGAUGCUCUGAUACUUGGGAAAAUAAAAAAUGUGGAAUGUGUGCUCCUUGCAAGGCAUGGGAGACAACACACCAUUAUGCCAUCCAAUGUGAACUACCAGGCCAACAUCUGGGCACUGAGAGAAGAGGGCUGCACACAUCUGUUGGUUACCACGGCCUGUGGUUCCCUCCGGGAGGAGAUUCAGCCAGGAGACAUUGUCAUCAUAGAUCAGUUCAUUGACAGGACCACCAAGAGAGCUCAGACGCUGUACGAUGGGCAGUCAACCAGUCCUCCAGGAGUGAGUCACAUCCCCAUGGCUGAGCCUUUCUGCAACAGAACCAGAGAGGUUCUGGUGGAGGUGGCGCGGAGCCUGGGGGUCAAGUGCCAUGUGCGAGGCACCAUGCUGAGUAUCGAGGGCCCCCGCUUUUCCUCGCGGGCCGAGAGCCUGAUGUUCCGCCAGUGGGGCGCUGACGUCAUCAAUAUGACCACUGUGCCAGAGGUGGUCCUCGCCAAGGAGGCCGGCCUGUGCUAUGCCAGCAUCGCCAUGGCAACUGACUAUGACUGUUGGAAGGAGCAUGAGGAGGCGGUCUGUGUUGAUAACGUACUGAAGACGAUGAAGGAGAACGCCAACAAAGCCAGCAGUAUCCUGCUGACUGCAAUACCUCAGAUUAGUCAGAUGGACUGGGCUCAGACUAUGAAGACCUUGAAAUCAAUGGCCCAAUCUUCAGUGAUGUUACCAAAACACUAAGCAUGCACAAAAGGAUACCAGUCACCGACUGCAGACUCCACUCCGCCU